AUGGCGUCCGUCGACGCUGAGAAAGCGCUCCCCUUGCCCUCGGGCAAACCAUUCUCCGCCAGUGCCUUGGUCGCGCAGCCUGUCAAUGCACUCGACCGAGUCGAGACGCGCGCAUCGAUACUACACGAUAGCACUCCGCUGUCGAGGAAGUGUCUGAUUGUGUUUGCGUGCAGUUGGGCGACGCUGGCGGCGUGCUUCUCUAGCACGUCGCUGUUGUCGGCGAGCAAGGAGAUCAGCGAGGACCUGAAGACGACGAGCCAGGUCGUGACGUUCUCUACUGCCGGGCUGAUGCUGGCUAUGGGGAUGAGCGCGUUGGUGUGGAGCCCGAUUGCUAGUAUUGUUGGGCGAAGGGUGGCGUAUAUCGCCUGCGUUUCUGUGUUGCUUGUGUUCACCAUGGGAGCUGCAGUCGCGCCGACUGUGGAGGUUUUUGUCGCCAUGCGUGUCUUGAGUGGGUUCCAGGGAUGCUUCUUUCAUGUUGCGGGCCAAACCAUCAUUGCCGAGUACUUUCCCCCCAUGCAGCGUGGGAGAGCGAACGGCUUCUUCCUAGCGGGUACGGUCGCAGGCCCUCCCUUAGGGCCCUUGGUUGCUGGCAUCAUGGUCAACUACACAAGCUGGCGUAACCUGCUCUGGCUACAAGUCUCGAUGAUCGGCGUAGCCCUCGUCCUUGCUUUCUUCUUCGUGCCAGCAAGUAGAUUGGACCAGCCGGGUCUUGCGCUGAACAUCAGGGGCUGGCAUGCUGUUGCGCAGUUCAGUCCGCUUCCCACGUUCAAGCAGAUGAUGUACCCAAACGCCUCCUUAACACAUUUAAGUUGCGGCUUCCUCAGCUGGACGCAAUACUCGCUUCUUGCAGCUCCAAGACAUAUUUUGACUACCCGCUUCGGUCUGACAUCCUCGCUUUCGACCGGUCUCUUUUACAUCGCGCCUGCAACGGGCUUCCUCCUCGGUACCGUGAUCGGUGGAUGGUUCUCGGACAAGACAGUGCACAAGUGGAUAGCGUUGCGCGGCGAGCGUCUCCCGCAGGAUCGCCUGAACGCAGGCAUGUACGCCUUCUGGGUCGUGAUCCCGUUCUUCAUGCUUUUGCAAGGCUGGGGCUUGGAAUGCGACAACUGCUCGACUGCCGUAGGAGGACUUGCUCUACCGAUCGUAACAAGUUUCUGCACUGCCGCUGGCCUCCUGGCUUCAUUCGCUAGUCUGAACACGUACUGCGCUGAAGCGAUACCAAAGAAGCGGCGCGAGGUCAUAGCUGGGAAAUACAUGGUCCAGUACACAUUCUCUGCGAUUUCAAGUGCAGCAGCUGUUCCCCUGAUUGAUGCUGUGGGCACUGGGCCAGCCGGAACAAUAGGCGCGGUUCUGGCAGUGCUUGCGGGACUUCUGACCUUCACCACCGCCAAGCAGGGUCAGUCAAUGCAGAAAUGGGCGGAAAAGAAACUUGGUCCGAAGUCGUCAAAGGGCUCCUCUGCAUAG